AGCUAAAGGUGAUGGUAAGAUUAAGUUUAUGUAUUUAAAUUUGGCAAUAGCACGCUUAUUUUAUUUUAUGAAUUAAAUAUUUCUUACCUUGAAAUAAUUGUUCUUUCUUGUACAAUGGAUUAAAUUGAGUCUGUGCAGAGACUAUGUACGGUGGAUUUUUAAUUUUGAAAAUUAAUCAAUAAAUAUAUUUCAAGCAAAUUUUUUUUUAAUUAAAUUAACAUUACAGACUUUUGUUUAUGUUCUAACUAGCCAGACCCGAGUGCAAGGCCUAUUGACCAAAGAUUUAUGAACAUAGACAAAGACAAAUUGAAAUAGGUAAUAAUUUAUAUUAAAAAAAAAAAUGAUUUACGUGUGACACAAAUCGAAAUAUUUGAUAAGCAUAUUUUUUUUCCCAAAGUUGUAUACUACCAAAACCCGGCAGGCUAAAUCGACUGUCAAUUUUAGUUCUGAGAAACAAAGAGAGCGCCCCUUGUAUAAUUAAAAUUUUGAAAGGGACAUUUUUUUGUAUAGAGUUAUCGUUCUUCUCGUAGUGAGUAUUGUAUUCUUUGACCCCUACCAAAAACACAAGCAAAAUAAUGAAAAAUACAAAUUUGAAAAAUAUACUUUGAAAUCGGUUAGAAAUAGAAAUACCGGUCUUAUAUAUAAAAUACCCAAUUCUUCUAAUGUAUACACUGGCAACACUAAUCUAGCGUCACUUUUAAAUUUUGAAAAUAAAACCGUUCACGACAUCAGAACUGAACAACAGUCGUUUUGUGUAUUAGUGUAGUGGUUAAAUAUUUAAAACAAAUCCAUUACAUGUGUUAUUAAUAUGUCGAGAAUACCUAAGUUACCAGUCCCAGCAAAAGAAAAUAGACCUGGACUCGUCAAUAAACGUCCAAUAUCAAGAACAGUAAAUGGCCUUAGUGCAGAUGACAAAAAGAAUUUGCUAUUGAACCACACUAAGCCAGCUGUCCAAACUGGCCCAAUGUCUUCCACCACUGGGGCACGACUCAAGAGGGCUGCUACUGCACCAGCACCCUCCACUAAUGCAGCAAAAGUUACUAAAGUUGAAAGAAAACCUUCAACAGUUGCCCCAAAGAUCCCACCUUAUGAUUACAAAGCAAGGUUUAAUGACUUGUUGGAGAAACACAAAGUAAUCAAGAAUGAUUAUAAUGACCUAAAAUACAAACAUGAAGAAGUUGCUGAUGACUAUGAAAAAAUUAAAGAAUCUGUUGAAAGCAAUACUAGAGAGAAGGACAUGUUAAAGGAUAAAUUGCUGAAUGCUUUAAAUGACUUAAGAGAAAGGACAACUGAAUUGGAUAGUAUUAAGCUUGACCAUGAAAUACAAAAACGCGAAAAUGAAGAAUUGGUACGCAAAACAAAAGUUUUAGCCGAAGUGACUUUUAAUUUAAAUAAGAAGACUUCAGAAUUUGAUACUCUACAGGAAGAAUUCAAUGAUUUGACCCGGCGUCACAAUGCCCUCCAGGCAGAGGCCAAGGUAUUAAGAGAGAAGUCUGAAAAGCUUGCUACUCUAUCUGAAGACUAUGAUAAACUUACUGGUAACUAUGAAGAAGCAAAAAAGAAGAUAUCAUCAUAUGAAGCUGAUGUAGAGAAACUGCAGAACAUUUUAGCUGGAAUGUAUCAGGGUCAAAGAGAUCUGAGAAACACUAUUCAGGAUCUUAAAGGUAAUAUAAGAGUAUAUUGUAGAGUACGACCACCAUUAGAGUCAGAGACAUACAAGCCAUUGUUUAAUCUCAAUGUUGUGGAUGCCUGUACUAUAGAAGUUGAAAAGGUUGAGUUGAAUGCGUUAUCCCAAUCAACAAGGAAGGGCAAAUCUCAACACACCUUCAGCUUUGAUGGUAUAUUCACACCACACUCAACUCAGGAGACAGUGUUUGAGGAAGUUUCUAACAUGAUUCAGUCAGCUCUUGAUGGAUAUAAUGUAUGUAUCUUUGCAUAUGGACAAACCGGAUCCGGAAAAACAUACACAAUGGAAGGAGGUUGCGGGUCUGACCAAUAUGGCAUUAUACCACGAGCAUUCAACUUCAUGUUCACAUGUAUGGAGGAUCUGAAGAGAAUGGGCUGGCAGUUAACCAUAAAAGCAUCAUUCCUAGAAAUCUACAAUGAAGUAAUUUACGAUCUGCUGAACUCCUGCAAAGACCAGCUAAGCCAUGACAUCAAGAUGGUUAACUCCAAAGGAACUGACCUCUAUGUCUCAAACUUGAAAGAAGAGGAAGUUAAGAGCUCCCAUGAUUUUAUCAAACUGAUGAUAUAUGCCCAACGUAACAGACAAACUGCCGCAACACUCAACAAUGAGCGAAGCUCCAGGUCUCAUUCAGUUACACAAAUUAAGAUUUCUGCUAUCAACGAAAUACGGAAAGAAAAGUACACAAGCCAGUUAAACUUGGUGGAUUUAGCCGGGUCUGAGAGUGGCAAGACCACUCAGAGAAUGGACGAGACCAAGCACAUCAACAGAUCUCUGUCAGAGCUGUCUAAAGUCAUUCUGUCUUUACAGACAAACCAGGCCCAUAUCCCGUACAGAAAUUCAAAGCUAACUCACCUGCUGAUGCCAAGCCUUGGUGGCAAUUCAAAAACCCUCAUGUUGGUCAAUAUCAACCAAUUCGAUGAAUGCUUUGGUGAGACUCUCAACUCUCUACGCUUCGCCACAAAGGUAAACAGCUGCCGAACAGUGAAAGCCAAAAAGAAUCUAACAAUGGUUGACACAUAGUUUAUAUUAUUGAUUUUAUCGUAUUGACAUGUUUAUUAUAAUUCUUUAAGGGGGCUAUUACAGUUCAAUGGGCGUUUUUAUAGAAAAGUUUUUAUUCAUACUUAGUUAGGUCAUAAGUCCUGUCAGAAAGAUUAUUACUGAUUAAAAUGUUAUAGGUACAGAUCCCUUAUUAUUCAUAUAUCGUCACCCUAGUUCACAAUCGCACUAAUUACGCGGAAAAUUUGGUCGUAAUAUAGACCUUUUGUUUGCGCACUAUGGUACUAAUUGCAAUAAAAUUUUCGUCGUAAUUAGUACGAUUGUCAACUAAGGUGACGAUUUGAAAGCUUAUUUAAUGCUGAAUUACUUGCCACAGGGGUCUCCAAACCCCGGCCCGCAGGCCAAAUCAGUCUUUUAUCUUUCUUUAGAUAUAUAAUUCAUGUUUAUUGGACUACCAAAAUUAUAACUGUACAUGUUUUACCAAACUACUUGUUGGAUGGCAGUCAAAAAUAAGCGUUAAUGAAAAGUACCCUAACCCUAACCCUAAGUUUGAAGGGUAUUAGCAGAAGUACCAACUUGUUGGAGAAUUUAAUGCUGAUUUUUUCUCGCUUUUGUGAAGUAGUUUUUUUUUCAAUCCAGCCGCGUAUUCGCGUCUAAUGACAAAAGUAAACAAGUAGUUAGUAAAUUAAAUAGCUAUCUAAAAUUAAAACGAACUAUAUUACGUUUUGUUGUUCAGUAUAAAAGAAGCUUUCAAAUCAUGUUUUUUCAUUAAAAGCUUUGUAUAACAUUUUAUCAGUCAAAUAUUUAUGAGCUGACUAAGUACUGUCCAUACUGAUUAUAAUAAUAAUAAUAAUUCAGCCUAUAUACGUCCCACUGCUGGGCACAGGCCUCCUCUCAUGCGCGAGAGUACUGAUAAAAUUUAAAUAAUUUAUAUUACUAAAGAGCGUAGGCGUGUUUUCAUGAAGAGGUUACAAUGUGCAAAAACUCUUUUGCGACUUAAUUAUUUUUCUGUUUUCUAGUAUGAAGUACCAACUGUAUUAUUUUGCAAAAAAUAUAUAUUGUAGGCCUUUAUAUAUAAGCAAUAACGUAACAAAGAAAAAAAUACUGAACUUUUAAUUCCUACAUUUAUCCAAGAAUUUUUAAAUAGAAAUAAAAUAUUAGUUAUAUAAUAUAUAUAGAGAUUACCAUACCAAAAGUUUAAGUAAAUCGCAUUAGCCAGGGUGAUUUUUUUCGUUUGUGGUGUUUAAAAAAAUCAUAUCUCAGAAAAUAACAGAGAUAGGAAGCUGAAACUUACAGGAAAUAAUACUUGUCAUGAGGGCUCUUAAUUUAAAAAAAAACUAAGGAUUUCGUGGAAAGGCCGCUUUUCCAUGAAAACACGGUUACGCUCUUUGAUUUUGAUUUGAAUAGUAAAAAUAGCCUUAAAUUUAUGUCAUUUUUGUGAUCUCCGUACAAGACUGUAUGACAGGUCACAUGUUAAAUUAAUUCGGACUGUAUCUAUCAUUAUAUAUCCAUAUCGUAAUUUUGGAAAAUAAACUGCAUAACUGCUGCUAUAACUUAAACAUUUUUUAAACUUUCUUGAAAAGCGCCCAUGACUUGAAUAAAAAUCAUAUAAAUAGACCCAGUAGUUUAUAGAUAAAGUUUUAACGUUUAAUAUAACAAUUAUUGCUUUAGUUUUGUCUAAACACUUUACUGGUGAACAUGAGUAAUUAUGUCGUAUCGUAUUGUAUCUGUAAUGUUCUUUAUUACUGUUAAUAUAGAUUGAUUAAUUUUA